CGUGGAAAGCGUUGAUGGCCGGUGCAUAUCAAACAAUCAAAAACUACAAACGGCCAUCAACCUUUGUUCAUAAAUCACAAACGCAAAGGGCCACAAUAAGUGCUCCCAAAUUUCAGUUUUCUUCGACCUUUCAUCAACACCCUAAUUCCUAAGUCUUUGUAGAUGGCAAGCUUUUAUCUCCGAGGCCCGGCUACUCUUAGAAACUUUUCCCUGUCUGCUUCGUCUAAUGGAGCUCCUUCAACGACUCAGCAAAUUGGGCCAGUGGUCUUGGAACUCCCCCUCAACAAGAUACGGAGACCACUAAUGCGUACAAGAGCAAAUGAUCAGCAUAAAGUCCAUGAACUCAUGGAUAGCAUUAAGGAGAUUGGUCUUCAAGUCCCUAUUGAUGUUCUGGAGGUCGAUGGGGUGUACUAUGGUUUCUCUGGUUGCCACCGAUAUGAGGCUCAUGAACAGUUAGGUCUCCCAACAAUUCGCUGCAAAAUCAGGCGUGGAACAAAGGAAACGUUAAGGCAUCAUCUCCGAUAAAUACAUUGAAGUAAUUUGUAUGUUGUAGGCAGAUAUUUCAUGUAUGUUGCUUUGCACUUGUAAUUUGUAUUUUUCCAGUGCUCUCCCUAAUGCUAGCAUUCUGGUCUUCCUGGACUACUUGUAUAAAACUCAAGAACUGUUGUAGCAGUAUUUAUCCCUUCUCAAAUCACAACUGUCAUGUAUAUUAUGAUUUUGUUGCAUUAUGUAUAAUAAGAAAUUGGCAGAGUUGCAUA